AUGUGGUUUCUCAGUCGCAUUAUAGGCAACGCAAGAACCGACGCCAAGAUAUGUGCUCGAUUUAAACCGAACGAUACCUAUGAAGUGAAACCAAAAGGCAGCCAAGACAGGAACAGUACAGUCAAAUUUCGAGUGUCAAGGUUCUCAGAGGCAGAUGUCAUCGGUUCCAGAUCAAAACCUGAUGUAAUUCUUUAUAGAAACGGCAUCAGUGUAGUGGUAGACGGCCAAGUUGUCACUGAAGACGAAAAGUACUUACAUGAUCAGCAAAUCCUUCAUAUUGGCAAAGGAAAUAGUGCAUACAAAAUCAGCUGGGAGCCAGUCAGCAUUUACCACGACAAGAGUCAGAAUCCAGAUGUACAUGCGAAGCUGAUUAAGCAAGGCGCACGCUUGGGUUUCUAUGUGAUCAACAGCAUCAAGAGCAAUUACGACAAGCCCACACAUUACUGCAUCUCGAUCAACCCGGAAUUAUACCAACUCUCCACAUUUGCCUGCCGUGCAUUAGCAUCCAACAAUGUUUACUUUAUUCGGCCUGAGUGGGUAGAAGCAUUGAGUGAAGCAGAUAAUAAGCAGCUUGAUAUCAAGGCUUUCAACGAAAAGAUACAACCCAUCACGGUAGACAAAUUUGAGGGAUUUGAACAAACAGCCAUCUUUGGACCAGAUGAAAGGCGCAAAAGGCUGUUUAAGAGAAUGGAAUUUUGGUUUUUUGAUCAACAGCAGUUUAAUCACUUUGCAAACCUUAUCAAACCAGUGGGUGGAAAGGUAGAAUUAAAGACGUGUGAGCAAGUGCUUGAGUUAGACAUUGAGGGAAAUCCACUGUUUGUCGCACCGCCCGAUUCAGACAUGCUGCCAAACUGGCCUGCUGUUCAUGAAAAGUAUUGCAAAGAGAUGGACGUCAUCCGUGUCUUAUUUGACAAGGAAAUCAUGUAUGCCAUCUUGUUUUGCUCUACCAACGUGAUGUGUAAUCCUGCUUCAGCACCCUUGGAGCAUAUGCACCCUGAUAGCGCCGUGUAUGCCUCCUUUGAAAGUGCAUCCUUGCAUCCCACCUCAGUCAAGCUGGAAUCGCUGGAUCCAACAAUGCCAGUGACCUAUCCGCAAGAUGACAUGAACUACAAUCAUCACUAUGAAGAGCGAGAUGACGGUGACUUCAUCCAAGUCAAGCCAGAGCCUAUGGAAUCCACCCAGCACAACAGUGUUAGAUUAGAACAAGCAGAGCAAGAGAAUGAUGAACAACAACAACAGCAGCGGGAGGAGCAUGUGCGUCCUAGAAGAGUAAUCAAAGAGGAAGUGCAUGAGGAGGAUCAAGAGAUGCAGGAAGCUCAUAAUGAAUCACCGCAGCAGCAGCAGCAGCAGCAGCAAGAUGAUCUUCCAGAUACUGUACCUGUGUCAAUGUCACCAAUAUAUCACAGCUCUCCAGCAUUUACAAGAGAAUCACCUAUUUCAGCAGGAGCGCCACCUUCACUACCACCAGCAGAUGAAGUACAAGAAGAGGCUGCGUAUGCCAACUCGCCGCCACCCAUGUCGUCGCCAAGCAUCAGUCAGCAGAUAGAACCCAUCAACUCUAUUCCAGCAUCUAUAGAUCUAGGAUUGGACGUCGACGCUCUUCUGGAUAGUGCUUUUGACAAUUUACAAUCGCAAAAGAAGAAGGACAAGGAAAAGAGAUUGCAGGAAGAGCAAGCAGCAAACAAAAGGAGACAAGAAGAGGAAAGAGCAACACAGGAGAACAGAUGCAAGGAAGAAGAGCGACAAAAGCUGUUGCAAGAGCAGAUUGUGAAAGAAAGAGCCGAGUACGAGGCACGGUUACAAGAGCGAACUGAUUACAAUGCGGGUCGUGGUGGCCAUUUGUAUCGGGAUGCUAUGAUAGAGGAGUAUGAUGAGGACGAUACACACGAUCCAGAAGAGGAGGAGGAGGAGCCACUUCAGGCACAAGACGAGCACAAUGACCAAGAAGCGCAUGAAGAAGAGCAGUAUCUUUCUGCACCUACAGAAAGCCAUCUAGAAGAAGCACCUCUGGGAUAUCACAAUGACCCUACCGUGAUUGGCGUGGUGGAACCAAAUCCAGAUCAAGGCCAGUUCUCCAGAAUCAUCUACAGAAAUCUAGAGGUGAAUCCUCGUCCACCACCACCGGCGAACGGCAUUGUGAAUUACAAAAAGUUUAAAAAGGUCAAGCAAUUUGAAAAUUACAGUAGUUUUGAGCAAAGCCAAGUAUCCACUGCUCCAGGAGCAGCAACAUCAUCAUCACUAAUCAACAACAGACGUCGAGCAAGAGGUAAAACUGAUAUGAGACUAUGA